GAAAUCUGAAAAGAAAAGAAGAAGCUAGGGUUUGGGCGAGAAGAAGAAGAAUGGGGAAGAAGAAGGUGGAGAUGAAGCGAAUCGAGGACAAAAGCAGACGGUUAGUAACUUUCUCGAAGAGGCGGAAGGGAUUGAUGAAGAAAGCUCGCGAGUUGUCUGUUCUCUGCGAUGCGAAGGUAGCGCUCGUCAUCUUCUCUCGCCCCGGGAAGCUCUACGAGUGCUGCAACGGUGACAGUUUGGCCAAGGUCCUCCGGCAAUACUUGGAUCAUUUAGGAGCAAGCGGUACAGACUCAAAGCCGGAACUCCGCUUUGAAAUUGCAGAUAUUCGGUCUGAUGCAGCGUUUUCUAAAUUGGUAAAAAGGCGCUUUGGUGUUUGUGAACUUGAGCAUCUCAGUGUGACUGACCUUACGGAACUAGAGAAAUUGAUUCAUACUGCACUUUCGCAAAUCAGAUCAGCAAAGAUGCGAAUGAUGAUGGAGUAUGUAAUGAACCUUAAGAAAAAGGAGCUGAUCCUGAGAAAAGAAAAUGAGCUUUUGGAGAAACAGGUAAAGUUGUAA